UGCAAAGAUGAUUUGGGUGUCCUGUAACUAACCUUCGGUCAUAUUCUUUGCACCUUUGUUAGUUAAAGAAUUUUGCUUUAAAAAAGUCGGCUUCAAAGAAAAGCUGGACAUGCCAAAGGAUCUAUGCAAACGGUUGUAGUAAAGUUCGAAAAGAAAGGCUGCUGAAGUCUCUGCAACGUCCAAUGGGCUCCAAAGCAGCAACUAACCGCCUUACUGUUUGUUAGCUAGUGGCCCCAUCUUCCAGGCCUUUACCUUUUCUCUCUUCCUCCUUGCUUCUAGCUAGGUAUUAUAAUUUAUUCCUACUGCUACCCUUUAUCCACAAAACAGGUCCUACAAACUUGUAUAUAAUAUAUUCCAUCCCCCCUGCCAUUUGCAUUUAUGUUUCUACUCUGCACUAAGAGGAGGAUUGUUUGCAUAGCCUGUCUGCUCUACAUUUGGUGUUGUUUGUCUGCAGCAAAUGGCUGCGCUGGUAGUGUUUGGGCUUGCUAUGGUGUUGGGCGUUUUCACUAGAGUUCAGCUUGUUUACGCUUCAGGGUGGACUAAUGCCCACGCGACCUUUUACGGAGGCAGCGACGCAUCAGGAACCAUGGGUGGUGCUUGUGGGUAUGGAAAUCUUUACAGCCAAGGAUAUGGCACCAAAACGGCAGCACUGAGCACUGCGCUGUUCAACAAUGGGCUAAGCUGCGGAGCGUGCUACGAGAUAAAGUGCAACGACGACCCACAAUGGUGCCUCCCCUCCUCAAUCGUUGUCACCGCCACCAACUUCUGCCCUCCUAACAAUGCGCUUCCUAAUAACAAUGGCGGCUGGUGCAAUCCUCCGCUUGAGCAUUUUGACCUCUCGGAGCCCGUUUUCGAGAACAUUGCCAAGUACAGAGCUGGAAUUGUGCCUGUCGUGUACAGGAGGGUGCCCUGCCACCGCCAGGGAGGAAUUCGGUUCACCAUAAACGGGCAUUCGUACUUCAAUCUGGUGCUGAUAACGAACGUUGGGGGAGCAGGGGAUGUGCAUGCGGUGUCAAUAAAGGGCUCAAAGACUGGUUGGCAGGCAAUGUCACGCAACUGGGGCCAAAACUGGCAGAGCAACGCUGUCUUGGAUGGUCAGAGCCUGUCUUUCAAGGUCACCACCAGCGACGGAAAGAGCGUCACUUCUUACAACGUGGCUCCCUCUGGCUGGCAAUUUGGCCAAACUUUUAGCGGAUCUCAGAUACGCUAGCUUCUAGCUAGCUAGUGGGUAUGUUAGCGAUGGCAUUAGGGCUAAGAUUCAAGUUUUAGUAUGUCUUCUUAGCCAGAGUCUCUCUUAUUUCGGCAUUUUGGUGUUUUUUGAAUGUAUUGUCGGGAUGCCGCGGUGGCUACAAAACGCCACCCGUUCCCUUUACAGAUGGUAGUUGUUUUUUGGGUAUAAAUGUGGUUAAUAGGCGUUAUUUGAAGAGGAGGUUUGUCAACACCCGCACUUACCAACGCCAUUUCCAGUAAUGUAGUAUUCAAUAAAAUAGUUGCAUACAUUCCGUAAA